AAGACUGAAACCGAGACUUCGCUAUUCAUGGUCAAAGGUAGCAGCUAAGAGAGAAAACCAGCUCAGGCUAGAAAAUGAAUUUUCCCUUAGGUUUAGGUCUUUGAAAAAGUAAAACACUAAUAUUGUUGGGAAGAGGAGAAGGUUCAUGGUCCCUGAAUGCUCAGCAGUGAUCCAGUCUUCUUUGUUGUAUGGGUGUUUUCUCCUCAUGGAAGAUACAGUCACUAUGGAACUACUUCCUGCCAUUUCUGCUGAUGAUUCAUUCGACUGUGGGUAACAGCAGAAGCCCUUUGAUUGUGCUGGACCAAUACGAAGGCAGCGGAAUCAGACUCAUCUGCACAUCUGAGACGUUGCCACCUGAGCUCCAGCUGCUAUGGGUAGACGGCAAAGGACAGGAACUUGCUGCUCCAGCCACAACCACUCCAGGCAACACCAAUAUUGCAAGUUCUUUUCUUCUACAGCCAGGUUCUGGGAAUGCUGUGACCUGCAGAAUUGUCAGCAAAGUCACAAAGAUAUCAGCAGGAUCAACUUCUGUCAUCAUCGCAGACAUCUUCUUCCCCUCCACUUCUCGAUGGAUGGUUGCCUUUUUUAUGAUUGCGGUUCUUGGCAUGAUUGUCAUCAUUGCUAUCUUCUGUAAAUUGAACAAAAACCGUUGGAAGCUUGCACUCUCAGAUAAUGAACGGAAGGCAACAGAAGAAGAAAUAGGACGCCUUAACAUUAUCCUGGAAAAAGAAAAAGUAGUAUCUCAGGAAGCUUUGAAAGAAGUACAAGCUCGUUAUGAGAACACCAUGGCAGAAUUGGAGUUCAGAAGUGCAGUUUCCCAUGCAGUCAAUAUCACUUUGGAUCCUCAUUGCACACAUCCCAAACUCAUCAUCCAAGGGAAAAACAGAGUUAAACUGAAUUCUUCAGACUCAGGACAGAAGGACCUCAAAGGCACUUUGAUUGCAGUGGCAAAUGAGGGGUUUUCUUCUGGGAAACUGUACUGGGAGGUGGAAGUGGGAGGCAGACCUUUCUGGGAGCUGGGGGUACUUGCUGAGACAGUAAGAAAAAGACUAAUAAAUGAGAGGUUGGAAAAGCCAUUGGAGGAAGGGUAUGUAAGUAUUCAGUGGUUCCAGUGCCAAUACCAUUGCACUGGAGGAAAUAGCUUAACUGAUAGUCAGAAUAAAGAAUGUGCAGUUGUAGGUGUUUUUCUGGACUUUGAAGAGAACAUGCUAUCCUUUUAUGAUGUUGAGUUAAUGUGUCUUAUUAGGUCAAUUCCAGUAGAGUUCUUUGAGAAAAUGUAUCCAUUCUUCAAUCCUGGGAGUGAUGAAAAGUACCUGGGUGUUUGGCAUAUGAACUCCCCUCCGUGCUUAGCUUCCCUUUGAAAGUAAACACUACACUCGUUUUAUCCAUGCUAUUGAGGCUUGUACAUGGGCUGAUUUACACAUGCAUCUACAACACUUGAUGUCUUUCUCUACAUUUGAUGACUUCAAGUUGAAUGUGUGAACCCUUCAUUUGAAGGCACUGCAUUUGAAGUGAUGUGAGGAGAUGGAAAUGGGAUACAACUCAUCACUUGAUGCUGGAGCCAAGACUCCAGAAAUGAAUGAUAUAUGAAGCAAUCCAAAGAAAUGAGAUAGAUAUUUUUGAAAUAGAAGCUAAACAAGGGAAAACAUUUAGUUGGGGUUAUAUGUACAGCAGAGAGAGUAAAGAAAAAGAAGAUCUAGUGCUAUUCAAAGAAGGUAAUAUUAGAGAAAGCAUUUUUGUAUUUUGAUUUUGGUUCAAGGAAUAUGAGGCCACAAUCACUCAUAUGUCUGAAAUGAUAGUCAAAACUUGUGUCAGAAGAAUGAGUGGUGCACACCAUAGCACCAAAAACCCAGAGGGAGAAAAAACUUCUGAAGUAUUUAUGUCUGUAGCUACAGCACAGAUCCUUUGAAAUGUAGAUGUUUCCAAUUAUCUUUACCAAAACAGCAGUGUCUAGCAUGCAUUAAGCAAACUGAAAUGAUAAGACUCUAUAUGUAUAACAGGCAUAGAAGUGGUAUGCAUUUGUGAUCCUGUGGAUCCUAUGCUUCAUGGGUCAUGUGUUUGUUCUGAUCCAUAUCCUGAUAUUUGCACAGUGGUCUUGAUCUCUUUUCAAAUAUUUUAGUCAUAAAACGUACCAUAAGCAAUGACCACUAUUCUCAACAAUGCCUGUACAUAUUCUGAAACAAUAAAUGAAACAAUAACUUUG